AUGUUGGUGGACAUGGCAACUCCCGAGGCGCUCUCCGAAAUUCAUCACCUGACGGAGGAGGUGGUCUUGGCCUCCAGGCGCCUUGCGGUGAUGACCACGGGGCGGUCGGCCCGGAUUUGGGAAGAUGCCAUCACGGCGCAGAACGAGUUGCAUCCCACCGAGGCUGUCGAGCAGAUCCGCUUCCGCUCCUCGCAUGCCGGUGGUCGUGCCUGGGUCAAGCCAGCCAUUCUCACAAGCAAGAUGAAGAAGGAGCGAUCGAAGGCUUUGGUUGAGGCAGCGCCGCACCACAGGGCUGAAUACCUCAAGCUCCAGGCGACCCUCAUUAUACAAGGAGCUACGUCCGGAGCCAGGCAUGGGGACCCCAAGGUGAUCAUGCAGAAGAUCGCGACCACGACGCGCCAGGCCUGGAAGCUACAGGAGGGGGCGGGCGACCUGCAGCCCAUGGAGUGGACAGCCAUGGUCGACGGCUUCGGGCAAUGGCUGGGCAAAGUCCUUCUUCAAGCGCGAUCCCAAGAAGAUAUUGCACAUUUGUUUGCGGAGGUCCACGGCAGCGGCAUCGAGAUUGAUGGGAUCUGCCACGUGGUGGAGGUGGAGAGUAACCACGUGCGCCUGGACGGCACGUGCAUGCAGAACAUGCCUGGGGAGCCUUCGCGCUCUCGUUGA